AUGUCCUUGGAGAAUGCAAAUACAAAUGGUGGUGCUUCUGAAGGUCUUCGAAUCAGACACAUUGUCUCGUGUGUCACAGAGAUCUAUCCCGAUCAAGACGCAAACGAGGUAUGUGUGGAGGUAGGCUGUGAAGCUGUGGAUAAAUACCACAAAGGCAAAGCUGGCGUAUUCUAUGUGUACCCAAUAUCACAUAUUAUCGAGAUGUUCAAGUAUGCUGCGGGUAGUUCCAACUAUGGCAAUCUAUACAUAACAACUGUGGUCUUUCUCCAAAGUAUCAUCGAGUAUUUCCUUUUUAUGGCCUCAAUCGCAAUGGCAAGUGUCAUUUCAAAGACAAAGGAACAGGAUAAUGCCCAAGACUAUAGUAAGAUCUCGAGAGGUAAAGGAAAUCUUAGCACCUCCAAGGAUCCAAGACGUGGUGAUUCAAUAAAAGGGUUGUUGGAAAAUAUCAAAGAGACCGACCAGCUAUACACCGAGGAUCUCAAUGAAACCAUUGAUAACAUCAACAAGGAAAAAGUCGGUGUAUUCCCCGACUUUGAUGAAAGCAAUGACGAUGCUCACCCCGAUAGAAGAGUCUACGUACAUUGGUUCAUCGACGACUGUCAAUACGGCGAAGGAGACAAACCCAAGGAAGACUUUAAACAGUUGUUGCCCAUACUUCCAAUCAAACAUCUCCAAACCAUUGCCAAAAUGUUGUCUGUCGAUAUUCAAGCAUGUUUGGAUAAAAAAAAAUGUAAUUGA